UUGCGUAAUUAAACCACCUUACUCGUUUUCAGUCUUCAGACUCGGCUUCUAUCCUCUGCGAGCUGUGUGGAAGAGAUCGAGACGAUCGAAACCACAAAAAAAAAUCUCCGAGGCGAAAUCGAAGUUCGAUGAAGAGUAUCUUUCGUAAGCUUCACAUCGGAGGCGGCCAUGAGCCUAAUCGAUCAGGAGAGAUUUCCUCGUCUCCGGCUGCCACCGCUGCUGCAGUGGCGGUUUCGGUCGCUUCCGAUCAACGGACGCCGGCGUUGCCUUCUUCGCCGACACUACCGUCCCCGGUCGAAGGGGAGAGAGUGUUGUCGGCGGCAACAGAGAGGGUGGAUUACUUUUCUUCAGAGGAGGAGUUCCAGGUACAACUAGCGUUGGCGAUUAGCGCGUCUAAGUCGGAGUUCAGAGAGGAUCCUGAUGGUGAUCAGAUCCGUGCCGCCAAGCUGUUGAGCUUGGGAACGCGUAAUCAGGGCCGAAAGGAAGAGGGGGCGGCGGAGUUGCUUUCCCAGCGGUAUUGGGACUACAAUGUGCUUGAUUAUGAUGAGAAAGUUGUGGAUGGGUUUUAUGACAUAUUUGGGCUUUCCAAUAAGUUGGCAAACCAUGGAAAAAUGCCAUCUCUUCAUGAUCUCCAAACAAGUAUAGGGGAUCUUGGGUUCGAAGUUAUUAUUGUAAAUCGUACCAUUGAUAAUGCCCUAGUGGAGUUGGAGCAAUUAGCUCAUUGCAUUUCUUUGGACUUCCCUGCUGCUGAGGACAUGUUUUUGGUGCAAAGAGUUUCUGAGCUUGUUUCCCAGCACAUGGGUGGUCCCGUAAAGGAUGCAAAUGACAUGUUAGUUCGUUGGAUUGAAAAAAGUACAGAAUUAAGGAGCUCACUACAAACAAGCUUAUUGCCCAUUGGCUGCAUAAAUAUUGGCCUCUCUCGUCAUCGCGCUCUUCUCUUCAAGGUCCUUGCUGAUAAUGUUGGCAUUCCUUGCAAGCUAGUCAAAGGAAGUCAUUAUACAGGUGUUGAUGGUGAUGCUGUUAACAUAAUAAAGUAUGGUGAUCAUAGGGAAUUUUUGGUUGACCUUAUGGCUGCCCCAGGAACCCUUAUUCCAGCUGAUGUACCGAUUACAAAGGAUGUUCCAUUGAAUUCCUAUAAUGCACUGGAAAAUCAAAACCUGAUUCCUUGGAAUAUAGAUAAUUCAGGUGACAUUUUUCUGAGAGGGGAAGAUGGAAAUUACAACUUGGGUGUUGAUAAGAUGCUUGUUAGAAGUUUAUGUCAUGAAAAUGCGGCCUUGCUACCAUCUGCACUUGGGGAAGCAUCAGCAACUACUGCAAGCAGUUCAAGUGGAAAUGCAGAAAGUCUUUAUCUACAUGGACUGUCAAACCAAAAUUUAUCUUCUACUAGUGGAGUUCCAAGUUGUGGAGAUUCUUUGGACUCGAGAACCCUUUUUGCUGAACUUAAUCCAUUCCAAGCUGUUGGAGUUGGAAAACCUCAUUCAGCUUUUAAAGCUUCUGAUCAUAGAACUAAUGAAUAUCAGAGGUCCAGAGAGCCAGGUGCUUCAGGACAUGGAAGACCACAUAAUCAGUCACCGCUGGUUCGGAAAAGUCAUCAUCCAUGCAUUGAUGUUUCAAACAUGAAACAUUAUAACUUUGUGGAGGGGCUCAUUCCAAGGAAAAAUGUAGGGGAUAGAGAUCUUAAUACAUCACCCUAUACAUUCAACUCAACUGGAAACUCUAUGGUCAAUCCUACAUCCAUUUCUGGUGCGUCAUUUCCAGCCAGUGUUGAUGAUACUUCUAGAACUAUUGAUUGUUCUUCUGGAGCUAUUAAUUCAUCCAUAACAUCAGGAUCUGCCCAAAAUGAUAAACUAGGGAAUGGAAGUGUUGAUCUUCCACUAAAUAAAGCUCUAUUCCCAAUUCAAUCCGAAAAACAUGGGUUGGUGUUGCGCAACACCGUGUCUCAUGAGACGAUGGAGAGAGAAAAAAAUAUCAUUGCUAAGCAUGACAGGAGAAGGCGCACACAUGAUAGAUUUAUGGGUAGGAAUAUGGUUUCAGAAGAUUCAGAUCCAUCAGGUCCUUGCAUACAGAAUAGAUUUAUUGGAGGGGAUAUGGUGAUGGAGAAUACCGAUCAACUAGUUCCUUUUCCACCAUCCAAACCUAGCAGGAUUGAUCCAAUGCUUGAUGAUGUAGCUGAAUGGGAAAUUCCAUGGGAAGAUCUUGUAAUUGGUGAAAGGAUUGGAUUAGGUUCAUAUGGAGAAGUGUACCGUGCUGAAUGGAACGACAUUGAAGUUGCUGUGAAAAAGUUUUUAGAUCAAGAUUUUUAUGGAGAUGCUUUGGACGAAUUUCGAAGCGAAGUUCGUAUAAUGCGUCGGUUGCGUCAUCCUAAUAUUGUUCUUUUUCUCGGUGCUGUGGCCCGACCUCCUAAUCUCUCUAUCGUGUCUGAGUUUCUUCCAAGAGGAAGUUUAUACAAAAUUCUUCAUCGUCCUAAUUGCCAAAUUGAUGAGCAGAGACGGAUCAAAAUGGCACUUGAUGUGGCCAAAGGAAUGAAUUGCUUGCAUACUAGUGCUCCAAUAAUUGUUCAUCGUGAUCUUAAAUCACCAAAUUUGUUGGUUGACAAAAAUUGGACCGUUAAGGUUUGUGAUUUUGGUCUUUCACGCUUGAAGCACAGCACUUUUCUGUCAUCUAAAUCUACUGCUGGAACUCCGGAGUGGAUGGCACCAGAGGUCCUCCGUAAUGAACCAUCCAAUGAAAAAUGCGAUGUUUAUAGCUUUGGAGUCAUCUUAUGGGAGCUUGCAACGCUCAGGAAGCCCUGGAGUGGGAUGAACCCAAUGCAGGUUGUAGGUGCAGUAGGCUUCCAGAAUCGUCGCCUCGAAAUUCCCAAUGAAGUUGACCCUCUCGUAUCAAGGAUUAUUUGGGAAUGCUGGCAAAUGGAACCAAGCCUGCGUCCGUCCUUCGCGCAGCUCGCGACGGCUUUGAAGUCCUUGCAGAGGCUUGUGGUCUCCGCUUACCAGGACUCCCAGAACCCUCUGGUCUCUCAAGAGAUUCCAGUGAACUCAACACCUUAAUAUCCUUCUCCAACUGUGAAUAAACAUACCAAUAUUACUUCUUUCAUGUAUAGUUCAAGAACUAAUGGAAAAAUAUUACUUAUUUCUGUAUAGAGAGUCUGCCAGGGCUUGUAGACUAAGAAUCCUGUGGUUAAUUUACCAGUUGCAGCUUAAGAGAAGGUGGUUUUUGAUUGUACAGAGAGAUUAGGCUGUCAAAUAGCCCAUUUAUUGGGUUAAAUGUAUUAUAUGACUGGCAUUCCUUAUUGAUUGUUGCCAUGGAUGAAAUUGCUUCCUGGAUAUGGUUACUAUGUGAAA